AUGUCGGACUGGGACGCGAGCAGCGACGAGGAGCUGGGCGCGCCGGACUGGCCGCGGGCCGCUGCUGCCGGGCCGCUCUGCUGGUCGCCCAGCACCCCUCCGUGGGGCCGCGCCUCCGUGGAGGGCGACGGGCGCCGGGGGAAGGGCACGGGGAGUCCCGGAGGGGAAGGGUGGGAGCCGCGAGGCGCUGAAGGCUCCGGCGGCCUGAGGCGGGCGGCGCGGCAGCGGCGGCCCCGAGCUGCGGCCGGCCAGGCUCGGGACUCUGAGGCGCCGCUCUGCUUCCACCUGGAUAGCGCCCUGGUCGGGGCUCUCAUAGGUAGGGGUGGAGCUAAAAUUAAAGAACUUGAGGAUUCUUCGGGUUCCAGGAUAAAGGUUACAAGAGGAACCUAUGAAUCUGAAGUAAAGAUUUUUGGCAGCCUUGAUGUGCAAAACAAAGCCAAGAUGUUGAUUGACAAUAUUAUUACAAGUCCUGGACAAAACUAUGUUAGAGGUGGGACAGAGAAAGGAAAAACCUUGGACAUCAUUAAGCCUGAAAAUAACCCAAAGAAACCAGUGAUUAACUGGGCUUCUCUUCGAGAAAACAGGGCCAAAUAUGAAUCUAUGAAGUGGGCAGGCUUGCCUCCAAUUGAGAAAAACUUCUACAAAGAAUCGCCCAGGACUGCAUCUAUGUCACAAGAAGAAGUGGAACUGUGGCGGAAAGAAAAUAAUGAUAUAACUUGUGAUGACUUGAAAGAAGGUGAAAAGCGCUGCAUUCCCAAUCCUGUUUGUAAAUUUGAAGAUGUAUUUGAGCAUUAUCCUGAUAUUAUGGCAAAUAUAAGAAAAGUUGGUUUUCAAAAGCCUACACCAAUUCAGUCCCAGGCAUGGCCAAUUAUACUCCAAGGAAUUGAUCUUAUUGGUAUAGCGCAGACUGGUACUGGGAAGACAUUAGCAUACUUAAUGCCUGGAUUCAUUCACUUGACUUCACAACCAAUAUCCAAAGAUCAGCGUGGGGGACCUGGAAUGUUAGUUCUUGCUCCCACUAGAGAACUGGCACUUCAAGUAGAGGCAGAGUGUUCAAAGUAUGCAUACAAAGGAAUUAAAAGUAUUUGCGUCUAUGGUGGUGGGGACCGGAAAGGACAGAUAGACAUGGUUACCAAAGGUGUGGAUAUUGUUAUUGCUACUCCUGGCAGACUGAAUGAUCUUCAAAUGAACAACUUCAUAAAUUUGAAGAGCAUAACAUAUUUGGUUUUAGAUGAGGCUGACAGAAUGCUGGAUAUGGGAUUUGAACCACAGAUAAUGAAGAUCCUAAUUGAUGUGCGUCCUGACAGACAAACUGUUAUGACAAGUGCUACUUGGCCUGAUGGUGUCCGUCGCCUAGCAAAGUCCUACUUGAAAAAUCCCAUGAUUGUGUAUGUCGGCACUCUUGACUUAGCAGCAGUAAGCACAGUACAACAAAAAGUUAUUGUUAUCCCCGAGGAGGAAAAGAGAGCUUUCAUGCAUAGCUUCAUUAAGUCUAUGAAGCCAAAAGAUAAGGUCAUCAUUUUUGUGGGCAAAAAGCUUACAGCCAUGGCUUUAUUUCACCCUAGAGCUGAUGACUUGGCAAGUGACUUUGGUAUCCAAGGAAUUCCAGUACAGUCACUUCAUGGCAACAGGGAACAAUGUGAUCGAGAACAGGCUUUGGAUGACUUCAAGAAAGGCAAAGUUCGAAUAUUGGUGGCUACUGACUUGGCAUCCCGUGGCCUCGAUGUGCACGAUAUUACUCAUGUUUUCAACUUCGAUUUCCCUCGCAACAUUGAAGAAUACGUUCACAGAGUAGGUCGUACUGGAAGAGCAGGGCGCUCCGGGGAGGCAGUAACACUUGUCACGAGCAAUGACUGGAGGUUUGCGUCCGAGCUGAUUGACAUUCUGGAAAGAGCAAACCAAGUAAGAAUACAUUACUGGGUAGUUCCUGACAAGCUUAUUGCAAUGGCAGAAAGAUACAAACAAUCACAAAUGAGAAAAGAAAUUGAAAAGGAUAUACAAAGACCUUGGAGAAAGCCCUCAAAAUAA